AUGCCGAAUCAAUAUCAUACAUUGAUAAACAGAAAGCUCGUCCAUAUUUAUUUAAUCGAGAUCGUAGAGCCUCCACCGCCAGUAUUGGAUAACAUUAUAAGUGUUCGUGGCAAGAUUUAUCGACGCAAUGAUGAAUUUUAUUUGAGAUAUAAGCUCGAUGAUUAUAAUUUAAAAUUAGUGAAGAAAAGCGAACAGGCCUUUAAUUUGGAAAGACAACUUGAUAAAUCACAAAUAAACGAAGGGUUUUGA